CUGCAGCAGCAGCAUCCAGGCAGCAUGAGGACAACUGCUCUGGUAUACCUGGCCGCAGUGCUCCUGUCGUCGGCGUGGGCAGGCGACUCGAGCGCUGGUGAGGCGCCAGCCAAGAAGGACAAGCGGGGGAUCUUCACCGGCGAACACAGCUACAUCGGCGGAGGAGGCAUCGGCCUGGGCAGCAGCUACGGAGGACUGUCUGGGGGUCUGUCCGGCGGCAUCGGCGGAGGCCUCUCCAGCUACGGCGGGUCCUACGGCUACGGCGGUGGCUACGGAGGAGGUUACGGCUACGGCGGCGGCUACGGAGGCGGCUAUGGUGGAGGAAUCGGACUGUCGUCCGGAUCCAUCGGCCUCGGCUCCGGAGGAAUCGGCUUGAGCUCUGGCGGAAUUGGCCUCGGCUCCGGAAUUGGACUCGGAUCCGGAAUUGGUCUCGGUUCCGGAAUUGGUCUCGGCGCUGGUGGUCUCGGAGGUGGAGCCGGAGGAAUCGGACUGGGAUCGGGAGGUAUUGCCUCUGUCGCUGUCGCCCCUACACAGACCGUCGUGCAGACCGUGAGGGUACCGCAUCCGGUCCCCGUCCCAGUGACUGUCAACCGCCCGUACCCUGUGCCGCAUCCGGUACCCGUCCCGGUAAACCGCCCUGUGCCCGUUCCCCAGCCGUACCCUGUGCGAGUUCCCCACCCCGUCCCGGUCUCCGUGCCCCGACCCUACCCCGUGGAGGUCCCCCGCCCCGUGCCCGUGCCCGUUAACAGGCCCGUCCCCGUCCCCGUGCCCCAGCCUUACCCGGUCCGCGUCCCACACCCCGUCCCCGUCGGAGUCCCCCAGCCGUACCCGGUCCGUGUGCCCGUCCCCCACCCCGUUCCCGUGCCAGUUUCGACCGGAAUCUCCAGCAUCGGAAUCGGUAGUGGAAUCUCCUCUGGCGGCAUCAUCUCUGGAGGUGGUCUCGGAGGAGGGCUCGGAGGAGGUCUCGGAGGAGGACUGGGAGGCGGCAGCAUCAUCUCCUCUGGCUCCCUGGGCGGUGGUCUGAUCGGCGGAGGGUACGGUGGAGGGUACGGUGGAGGGUACGGCGGUUCGUACGGAUACGGCGGAUCCUACGGAUACGGCGGCUCGUCUGGUGGACUGAUCUCUUCGGGGCUCUCGGGAGGAGUCCUGAAGGGAAUCUACGUCCCCAGCAUCGCUGGAGGCCUCAGCGGUGGCAGCCUGUACUCUGGUAGCCUCUCCUCCAGCUACGGAGGUGGUUACGGCAGUGGCUACAAGAGCUACUACAAGCACUAGAACCCCGCACAAAUGACACCAGUCCAAAGCAUACAAGGCUCCCGAGGGAAGAAGUGAAGAAAGCACGAUGCCAAUCAAAACGCAGGAAGACGUUCUCUACGCUGAAGUAUGGGGAUGCCUCCGGAUGGGAGUGUGGAGCUAUCUCUCCAAUGUCCAAUUUUGGCUGGUGUGGAAUGGGCUUCAGAUCUCGCGCCGAGAUGGAAGCAGCUUUCCACCUAGUACGAUAUUCCCAAGGAAUCGAUGCUGCUCACCAAGUCAUAUUGUUCAUAAAUUAAUAUUCACUUCAUUCACUGUCAUGUUAUUUCAACAUCAACCAUAUUCUUCGAGCAUAUUGUGCCUUAAUUCAC